AUGACAAGUCUCUCCUUUUUAUCUACCCUGUCUGGAAUUGCAGAAAAUGCUAAACAAAUUGCUAAAAACUCCAACAUAAAUUUUGAAGACCAUGAACUUUCUCACACAGAGUUGGUACACCUAUUGGAAUCAAAUUCAGAGACGGGAAAAUUAGAAGCUCUGCAUCACCUCAUUGUGCAAAUGAUGCAUGGAGAAGAUGUUUCAGUUUAUUUUCCUGACGUUGUUAAACUAGUAGUUUCUGAAAACCCAGAAAUACGAAGACUUGUGCAUAUAUACCUCACACACUAUGCGGAAUUUAACCCUGAUUUGGCCUUGCUUUGUGUAAAUACCAUCCAAAAAACACUUUACGACAAGAAUCCCCUGGUUCGUGCUGCUGCUAUACGCGCUAUGAGCAGCAUCCGAGUGCCUGCCAUAAACGGAAUUGUCCUAUUAGGAAUCCAGCAAUCUAUUAAUGAUUCUUCUCCAUUGGUUCGCCAAAGGGCUGCUCUUGCAAUUUUGAAAUGCUACUCUCUUGAUCCUUCCUAUUAUGACCAAUUAGUAGAAUGCAUUCGUCUCUUAUUAUUAGAUAGUCAUCCUCUCGUUGUUCCUGCUGCAUUAGCCGCAUUUGAGGAAGUAUGCCCAGAAAACUUUAUCAUAUUUCAUCCCGCCUUUCGGAGAAUUUGCACUCUCUUUAGUAAAUUUACUGACUGGGAUAAAACAGUGGCAUUAAAAAGCAUGAUUCGUUAUGCUAGGCUAAAUUUACCGAAACCCGAGUUAACAAAUACAGUUCAUAAGGACUUGAAGCUUCUUCUGGAAUCUGUUGAUUAUUGCUUUUAUUCCUUGUUACCUAGUACAGUUUUGGCUGGCUGUUGUGCAUAUUAUUAUUUGGCUCCAACGAAUAAACUGGAUACAAUUGUCAAACCUCUACUCCAGCUUCUCACUGACAAAUCAACUAUCCGACUCAACACACUAUUAUACAUCAGACAUAUAACUUUUUCAAGACCGGAACUUUUUAAAAAUCAUAUCAAAUCAUUUUUUUUGUUUGGAUCCGACGACGUGAAGACAUCUGUUGUGAAACUAGAAGUCAUUUCGCAUUUAUUGGAUCCUGAAAAUGCAAAUUAUGUUCUUCCUGAACUUUUUUAUUACGUAUUUAAACACCCUAUCUCGAAGGUAGCAUCUACUGCUGUUCGAACUAUAGGACAUUUCGCAAAAAAUGCUCGUUCUAUGGCUUCAUUAUGUUUGAAUUCUUUAUUGCGAAUGCUGGAAUCGGAUAACGACUUGAUUGUAACCGAAGCAGCCUCUUCACUACGAAUCCUCAUUCAUAACGACCCCCAGGAAAUGUAUCUACAGUAUUUAGCUUCGAUUUAUGAAAAGUUUCAUGUGCCCGUAGCAAAAGCUGUAACCUUAUGGCUUAUUUCCGAACAUUUACAGCAAAUGAUUUAUGUUGCUCCUGAUUUACUUCGCAUUGCUGUAAGAACGUUUGCUGACGAGGAAUUAGAAGUAAAAUAUCAAAUUUUGGAUCUGGCAGUCAAGUUAUACGUUGCAACCUUAACAUUCGAGCAAAACGAAUCAAACGAUGAGAAAUCAAAUCCUGUUGUUUUAUUAUACAAAUACGUUUUAUCUAUAGUCCAUUUUGACAUGAGCUAUGAUCUACGAGACCGUGCUCGAUAUUACAAGUCGCUUACUAGUGCGCCCUUUACAGACUUUACUCGGAGGAUUCUUCUAUCAAACAAACAAUUGCUUAAUUCGACUAAAAAUAUUAGCCAAGAUUAUUGCUUGGGUACAACUAGUGUUUGCUUGGAUGAUUAUGUACAGGGUUAUGUACCUGUUCCGGAAUGGGCCGAUGUAUCUGUUAUACCGGAGGAUGAUGUUCGUGAGACUGAUCUGAACAUAGAAACGACUACUAGUGCUGGACCAUUCUCUUUUCAAAAUACAGAUAUUAUUAAACCUCUUUCUUCUGAUGCGUCUACAGGAGGAAACCCCAAUUUGACGUCUACUGUUAAACCAAGAUUCGUUGGUCAGCAAUCCUUGGAAGAAUUCUACCAAAGCGAUGAUAGCAGCGAUUCCGAAGAGUAUGAAGAGUAUGAAGAAGAUGGAUCGACUGCUGAGGAAGUUACGGAAGAAGAAAUUGAAGAGGAAGAAAACGACGAUGUCAAUAAUGGUUCUGGUGAUGAUGAUAAUGAUGACCAGGUUGAUGAUUAUGAGAAUGAGCAUGGAGAAUCACCAAGGGAAGAAGAGAUACAUAAUAGUACUGAAGGGUAUUAUACUAAAGAGAAUGCGAACACAGGAAGUAGUUUUCUAUCUACUGAAAGUGUCAUGAACAAACCAAUUAUCCCUGCUGAGCAGAAUCUUUGGCGUUCCGAAUGA